GGGCGGUUGGGGGCGGGGCCUGUGGGAGCUGGAGGCUGUUAUAAAGGCCGCCCCGCAGCCUCGACUGCAGACGAGACCGCCGCGCAGCAGCUACACAGCCUCCUUGCUACCGACCUGCAUAGACCUCCGUAGCAGAAAUGGCCAGAUCCUACGUGUUCCUCACAGCAGCCCUCUGCCUGUUGCUCGCGUGCGCCCGCGCAGCCCCGGCGCAGCUGUGUGCGGGCGCGGCGGAGGACGACCCGCGCGCCGCUCGCUUCUGUCAGGCGUUGAAUACGUUCCUGGAGCUGUAUGCCGAGGCGGCUGGCGAGCAGGUGCCGGAGUAUCAAGCUCUAGUCCGCGACUACCCUCAACUCCUGGACUCCGGCAUGAAGCGUCAGGACGUGGUGCACAGCUUCCUGCGCUUCGGGCGCCGCCGCUGACCUGCGCGCCCCCACCGCCCCCGCCACUGAACACCACUUGACCCCACUUUACCCUACCGGCGGCUAGCGCGCUCGGACAUCCUGUAGAUAUGGAGCGUUAGUGAAAUCGACACGUUUUUGAUUUGUGAUUUGUUUCUGAAUCAGGGUUUUUAUGCGUUGUGGGAGUAAGAUGAGGAUGAUUUUGAUUUGUUUUUUUAAUGUUUUGUUGAGUUACGAACUUUAUUAUGGGAUGUCCGAGUGUAGCUCUUACUGUUCUUACUGAAAUGGUUUAGAGACGGGAUUCACGCAACGAUGUUAAGUUUAAUUUGCGAUCUUCGUCCAAAACAUAUACUUAACUAAAUUACGUAAAGGUUUUUAAAGUUCCUUAAAUGUAAGACUAACUAUAAGUUGCAAUGUUAUUAAUGGACGGUAAACUGCGGAUUGAUCGUAUUUAGACAAGAAAGUAUGAUCUUUAUAAAUACGAUCAAUAAUUUAGGUAUCUAUGUAAAUUUAAUUAAAUGCAGACAUCAAACUCUCUCUCCAAAUUUAAUAUUUAGAUAUUGAAUUUUAGUAAGAUUGUACUUAAAAAAGUAUUAUUAGUCAUAAAUGUAUGUAAUUAUUAUCAAAAUAUUGUUGUCAACAUUUUUGGUCGCUUUUAAGUUUAUAAUUAUUAAAUAAAUUAUUGUAAGGUUUAAGAAAUAAAUAUUUAUUGACAAGC